AGAAUGUCAGUCAAAGUGUUUCUGUCAAUCAAAGUGUUAUUAUAAAUAAUGAAUAUUAAACAUGUUUCCUAUUAGAGAUUGGUUAUAUUUACAAACUGUUGCCACACAACUGUGUUUAAUCCCUUUAUAAAAAGUGAUUUUUGCAUAAUAGGUGCCCUCUAAAGUGCCCUAAGGGCAAUGACUAUACUUAAUAUUCAUGAGCUCUGCCUUUUUAAGAAUACAUAUAUAACACAAGCUUUUAACAUACACUUAACAAGCACUCUACAGACUACAACCCCUGUGAAAGCACAAUCCUGAACCAGAUUUACCUUCGAAGCUCAUUGCUUGCAAAGACCUGUAAAAUGAACACAACGGUCUGGAUUGUGGAUAGCUAUGAAGAAGCUCUCGCCAAAAACAUUGUGAUUGUUUCUCUUGGAUUUAUCAUUAACGUCAUCAACGGAAUGCUAGUGUUGACCUUCUUCUCCAAUCCAAUGUUUUCAAGAGACUCCAGAUACAUCUUAUACAUUCACCUGGUCAUCAAUGACAUGCUCAUGAUAUGUGUGUCAGUGAUUUUAUACGUGUUGACCUACGCUGCACCAGUUGUUAAUGUUUCAUUGUGUUACAUAUUGAUGAUACUUGGUAAAGUGUUCUUCAUGAUCACUCCUUUGAAUCUGGCCGGUAUGGCCAUCGAACGGUUCAUUGCUAUCUGUAAACCACUGUAUCACUCUCAGAUCUGCACACCGCAAAGAACUUAUUUCUUUAUAUGUUUUCUAUGGUGUUUAGGAGCUAUAAGUUCUAUGGUAAAUAUAAUAAUUUCACUUGUAACCCAACCCUUAUCUUUCUUCAGAUCAUUUAUAUUUUGCUACCCAACGUAUAUGUUCCCUUCAAAAGCCCACGAUGACCACUACACUGCUUCACUGGUCAUAUAUAUGUCAGUGGUGUGGAUAAUCAUCUGCUACACAUACUGCAGAGUCAUAUUUACUGCCAGAAAGGCCGUUUCAAAGGGUUCAGCAAACAAAGCUCGGAAUACCAUAUUGCUGCAUGGUGUUCAGUUACUGCUUUGUAUGCUUUCCUUUAUCAACCCUUUUAUGCAUACGGUGAUUGUACCUCUGUUUCCUCUACAGAGAACUAAGAUUACUUUCUGUUUUUAUGUGUUCAGCAAUAUUAUGCCAAGAUUACUGAGCCCUUUGAUAUAUGGGGUCCGUGAUGAGAAGUUUAUGAAACAAAUGAAGCGAUUCUUUACGUUUAAAGUUAUUAUUGUAAAGAUUGUGCCAUCACACUUGCACACAUAGCAAUAAUUUGAUGUAUUCAGUUUUCUGUUUAUUAAAGAUAUUGUUUUAUA